AAAUGUGGCACAAACUUCUUCUUGGACUCAUGAUCUGAUUACAUUUUAUUGGUCUAAGGCGAUUGUGACCUCACAAAACACUUUGAGACAUAAAAGUUUAAUGCUGAUUAUGUCAAUUUCACCCAACUGUCUCAUAGGAUACAACGUUACGACCUUUUGACAGAUAUAGAUCUCUACUGGUUGGAGGAAGCGAACAAACCAGAGGCUGUAAUUCUAGUUUUAACAUUAAUAGCAGAACACGGCAGCGAAAGCGUAGUUGCAAAAGUGUGGCCCCCAACCCUCCAGUUCCCCCUCAGGAAAACACUUCGCUCUGUCAGCACUUCUGCCUUAGUUUGGGCUGCUGGCAUCAUAAUCAUACGCUGCACAUACAAGGAAUUUGACUCGGUGAAAGGUGCCUUGAUGAGAGCCGUUGAGAAGCAACAAAAUGCUCCCAAUCUUGGAUUUUUAACCAUUUUUUAAUUAAAAGAAUAAACUUUGCUGUAUGUUGAAUGUAUACACAUUUUGUAUUUCUUCGCUUGUGUCAUAUCUAAAAGCGUGCUGGGUUAAAUAUGCCAUUUUCCUAAAUAUAAAACUGCACUUCAGUUCCCCACAUUACCAGAAACAAUGAGGACGUGACUUCUGUGACUUUGAUUAACUCUUGUCUCGUGUAUAAUCUAGUCUCUCCUUCACCGCUACGUUUCACUACUUUCAUCAAAAGACCAGCAAACUGAGAUCGAGGAAAGCAGCCGAAGUUUAUCUUCGUGACACAGAACCACCACAUCUUCCUAUGACUCAGCAGAGCAGGAAGUGACAGUUAAGAUUUCCACACUAGAUUCACAUUUUCAUUUUGUUACAGACUGUAUACGUUUGGAUUUGUCACUGUUGUUUAUCAAUCUUUAAAGCAAGGCAACCAAACCACCACACUUCAAACCCAUUCAAUACAAGGACUUUUAGAUUGUUUUUGUUAUUUAUUUCAUUUGACUUGGACAUGAGCACCGUCGUAGAGCUGCUCCUGUCACUGGGGUCCACUAUCAGAGCCUUGACGUUCCUGCGCUAAUGUCUUUAAUUUAGUAAUCUUAUAGUGAUCAGUAGUUUACAUGUGAGAAACAGAACUGAGUACUUCCGGCUACUUAAUUUAUAGUAGUGGCCAGAUCAUCAGGACAUGCAGAGCAUCAGCGCUCCAUAACUUUGCAUCAGAGAGGUAAGAAAUAUUUCAUCUUCUUACAAGAGCUUAAAAAACAGACGCUGAGCAAUUGUAGAGCAGUAAAAAGAAGCGUCUGAUCAUUUUUACUUCCUCAAGCAUGCAAGAUUAAAGCUGUGUGUUUGUCAGGGAAGUGUCUGUACAUGGAUAUUUUGAAAAUGUUUUAUAGAGACAGUUUUUUGUGUGUGUGUGUGUGUGUGUGUGUGAACAUUUCCUGUUUCUUCUAUCGAGCCGUGGUACAGAAGCAUGUUGAAGCUUCGGGUGUUCUCCCUGAGAGGCUGAAAUGAGCUGAACUAUCAGAUUGGACGCGCUUCACCAGCAGCAAGAAACGACGACGAUGCCACUCCACAUGAAGACAUACCUGGCUCUGCUAUGGGGAGCAUCUGUUGUGUAUGCCAUGGAGUCUGACCUGAAUUCUUCCACCACAGAAACCAGCAGCAUUAACUCAAUGGCUGCACCUCACAAACCUGCAGAGACCCGUGUUGCUUCACCAGCAGAGAUCACUGUGGAAACCAAAGAGCCGAUCCCCACUUCCACUCCUAAAUGGAUCACAAUGAACGCCGUAGCAGCAACUACAAGCAGAACAGAACCACAGUGGCACCAUACCCCCGCCCCCGCAGCAGUGAACACAACUGCAGGUGCAGCACAUCCUUCCCACAAAGCGAUGAUAUUAGAGACUGCAAACCCGAAAGAGGGUCCGAGACAACAACAACAACACCACCAGACCACUGACGUGCCUGCAGCAGUGGCCGUGUCUCCGCAGCAGCCUUCGUCCACCACUAAGUCUGAAGUUACCUCCAAGUUACCUCCCAUCAUCUCUCCUGGGGGUGUGCGGGCUCCGGUCUUCAACCAGACCCACGGCGCCGCCUCGGCUGCAACCGCAAUGACAGCGAGCCCCGCCUCUGAAGCAGCCGCUGUGUUUGACCCCACAGUGAGAGAAACAUUCCCCACCAGCGCGGAGUUUUUGUCUACGUCUGAACUGGUUUCUGUGACUGAAACCCCCGUCUCCACAUCUCCUGGGUUGAGCUCUACCGCCGAGUCCCCCACCAUCACGUUGUCAACCGAAUCUGCCAGUUACACCACCGAUGUCUCCACCACCAAAGUGUCCACCACCGAUGUCUCCACCACCGAUAUCUCCACCGCCAAUGUCUCCACCACCGAAGUGUCCACCACUGAUGUCUCCACCACCGAUGUCUCCACCACCAAAGUGUCCACCACCACCAAAGUGUCCACCACCACCAAAGUGUCCACCACCGAUGUCUCCACCACCGAUAUCUCCACCACCGAUGUCUCCACCACCGAUGUCUCCACCACCGAUGUCUCCACCACCGAUAUCUCCGCCGCCAAUGUCUCCACCACCGAAGUGUCCACCACCGAUAUCUCCACCACCAAUAUCUCCACCACCGAUGUCUCCACCCCCAAAGUCUCCACCACCGACGUCUCCACCACCGAUGUCUCCACCAGUCCUACAGGAAUCCUGAUUCCUCGUGAACCCAACACGUUUCCCGUCCCAAACACCAGAUCCCCUCUGGUAACUACAACAGCCCCUUGUGAAGUCUCACCCAGCACAAAGGUCCCACCCUGCUCCAAGCGCCGCGAGAUGAAGCGCUGCCUCAUCGCCAUCGCCUCCCUGGCUGCAUUCGCCACCGUUUUCAUGGUCUCUACCAUCAUCCUCUGCGCCAAGCUGUCAAAAAGGAAGUACAAAGUCAAAAAACCUGGGGCCGCAACAGAGAUGAUGUGCAUCUCGGCCCUGCUGCCCGAGAGGCUUGUCACCUACUCGAGACAACCACGCAAUCCAGUCACUAACGGAAUCCUGGUGAUCCACGAUGACGCCGACAGCGAUGAAGACGGAGGAGAUAACGUCACUCUCAGAAGCUUCCUUCCAGAAAAUGACAGAUUUGUCUAAAUGGAAAUACUAUUAUUGUCAGCAGACCUGUCUAAUGUCAGUGAUGCGGAAACAGUGACUGCUUGAAUAAAGUCGUGCUUCCCGUUUGAAGUUUGUGGUUUGGCUUCGCGGCGCGAUCCGCUGCUAGAGGAAGAGAUGGAGACCCACAAAUACAAAGAAAGACAAAACACUGUUGUUCAAGAACCAUCAAUGUAUCUGGUGUUUGGGGAGGUCGGGUCAUCCAAUGUGUAUUUCAGGCAAGACUCUUUGCAUAAUUGUACACUUGCCUUCUACAAGAGUCAAAGUCCGGAUGAAGAGAGAGAUCAAAGAAACCUCCUGAGCGGAGCCGCGAUGGUAUUUCACUUAUAGCAACGGGAGACAGGAAGGCCGGUUCUGUCGAGGGACCGGUGUUCCUCCCAGUGAUGUCCUCGUAGCGCUGUGGCUUCAUUGUAUAAACGUUGUCAUUUGAAUGAUGCUAAACUGUAUGUGACUCUCUUUAUGUGGGUGUUUAGAUGCAGCUUCUGUACUAUAAUUUAUUAAACUAAUUUGUCUUU